AUGGCCGCCGAAAAGAAGGACUCCAAGAUCUGGGUGCAGUCCAACGACAACAUCACCAUUCCCGUCGAUCGCGUUGUCGCUGAGCGCUCCAUGCUCAUCAAGAACAUGCUCGAGGAUGUUGGCGACGAUAGUAUCAGCCAGGAGAACCCUAUUCCCAUCCCGAACGUGAACGAGGCUGUCCUUCGCAAGGUGAUUGAGUGGUGCGAGCACCACCGCAACGAUCCCGUCCAGACCCAGGAUGAUGAGAACGACGCUCGCAAGAAGACUACCGAGAUUGAGGAGUGGGAUCAGAAGUUUAUGCAGGUUGACCAGGAGAUGCUCUUUGAGAUCAUCCUUGCCUCCAACUACCUGGACAUCAAGCCCCUCCUCGACGUUGGCUGCAAGACGGUCGCCAACAUGAUCAAGGGCAAGUCCCCGGAGGAAAUUCGUAAGACAUUCAACAUCACCAACGACUUUACGCCCGAGGAAGAGGAGCAGAUUCGCCGUGAGAACGAGUGGGCCGAGGACCGAUGA